CUAUCCAUCCACCUCUUCCUCUCUCCUAAUUUCGCUUUGGGUUUCCUUCUCUCUCGACCAAAAUGGCAGUGCAUCUUCACUCCACGCCCUCUUCUUCUUCAUCUCUACACUCCCGAACCAGAGUCUCUCAGCCGCCUCUUAGUUGCGCGACCAAGCUCUUUUCAGGAUUGAAGCUUCAAUCUGCAAGUACGUUUGGUACUGGAAAGCCGAACUUGACAGUUGAAUUCUUCAAAAAAGUUCAUAAGAGCGUCCAAUCCAGGACUAGUGACAGUAAAUCGACACGAGCGCGUGUUCGAAUGAUGCCUAUAGGGACCCCAAGAGUGCCCUAUAGAACUCCUGGUGAGGGAACUUGGCAAUGGGUUGAUUUGUGGAAUGCCCUGUACCGGGAACGAGUUAUCUACAUUGGACAACAUAUAGAUGAAGAAUUUAGCAACCAACUAUUAGCCACGAUGUUGUACCUUGACAGCAUUGAAUCUUCCAAAAGGAUGUUUUUUUAUAUUAACAGUCCUGGUGGAGAUCUUACUCCAACCUUGGCUAUAUAUGAUACCAUGCAAAGCUUGAAAAGUCCUGUUGGCACCAAUUGUUUGGGUUUUGCAUAUAACCUAGCUGCCUUUCUUCUUGCAGCUGGAGAAAAGGGUAAUCGCUUGGCAAUGCCUCUUUCAAGGAUUGCACUACAAUCACCAGCUGGAGCUGCUCGUGGUCAGGCUGAUGACAUUCGUAAUGAAGCAAAUGAGCUUCUUAGAAUCAGAGAUUACCUUUUUUCAGAGUUGGCCAAUAAGACGGGCCAGCCCAUCGAUAAGAUUAACAAGGAUUUAAGGCGGAUGAAACGCUUCAAUGCCCAGGAGGCUCUUGAAUAUGGGCUCAUUGAUCGUAUAUUAAGGCCACCCCGAGUUAAAGCUGAUGCACCACGCAAAGAUGCUGGAACUGGUCUCGGUUAGUGUUUUUGUUUUAUUGCCAACAAAUUGGCUGAUAACUGUUGAGCAACCCUGAAAGUCUCCGAAGUUCAUUUAUGUCCUUGUAUAAUAAGUUGUUUAGUGAGGAAUUGAUGCAUGAGUUUAUUAUUGUGAUUGCUAGGAAUUUUAUCA